CUACUACUAAUCAUUUUUAUAGAUUUAAGAUCAUUAUACCCUACCUCGCCCCCAUGAUAUUCUUUCCCCAGUACGAGUAUAUGCUGUAUAGUAAUACCCUAUAAAUGUAAGACAAUAUCGAAUAGCAGGCUUAUAUUAGGGACUAGAUUCUAUUAGCGUUAGGGUUUAUAGGAAUUUAAAUGAAGAACUAUGGAUUGCUUAAAUAAGGUUAGUUUGGAAAGGAACCAAGGAUAAAUAUCUUAUAUCGGAACCAUGCAACCUCGUCUGACCCACCGCAGUCUUUGUUGGAGGGAUCCUGACUGUUAAUAGGUGGCCCUGAAGGAUCAUGGCGCCAAUGGGCGAUACCGCAGCCGACAAAAGCCGAAGCCAGCGCGUACUUCCUACUCCCGUUUAGUUAUCAUCAGCUCCUAUAACCUGUACGUUGUAUGCUACAAUCCUCUCCUCGCUUAGAUGUGGCAACAGUCAUUGAGUAUGUCCUGCUGAAGUGCAGUGAUUUCUUUUCCGCCUGCCUCUGGCGGGGCAACCCGCAGGACUGUUGUGAGAUUUUUGAGUUGCAGUUCACAGAGUCGGGAUCCUGUUGGGUUUUCAAUUCACUGAUCAGUCCAGCAAGGCGACAGAAAGAGAAGGAGAACAAGUACUAUCCCCGUCGCACGCCACAGUAUGGUGAGGGCUCUGGCUUGGAUGUUUUCCUGCGACUCAGGAACUCCUCUCUUAUUCGGCCCAACAAACGGGGCGUAUACGUGAUGAUCAAGCAACCGCAGCAGUGGAGCGAUGUCGUGCGCCAUGUCCCACACGGGGCGCACACCCAGAUCAGCAUGGUGCCCCGCAUCACAACCACGGAUCAGCGAACCCGAGCCUUGACGCCCAGAGCCAGACGCUGCAUCUUUCCGGAUGAGGUUACCCAUCCUCAGUACAAGAAUCUGCCGGGCUUUGAGUACUGGGUGGGAAACUGUCGCAGCAAGUGCCACCAGGAACAUGUCAUCAAUCUGUGCAAGUGCUCGCCAUCUGUUUUCUUUCCGGUAACCGAUAAGGAUAACUUUACUGUCUGUAGGCCAUCGGACUUUAAGUGUCUCCACGAUAACAGACUCACUUUUAGCGUGGAGCGACAUCCCCAGGAGGAUGAGUACGUGGACAAUCUGUACAAGGAGAGCAUGAUCUGUAACUGCUUCAUAAGUUGCACUCAGCUAAUCUUCGAUCGAGUAUUUAGUAGCAGCACCUUAGAUAAUAACGACACCCACACAGAGUUGGGUACCAUACGCCUGGACAUUUUCUAUCAGUCGGGAUGGUUCAUCCAGUACCACACCAACAUGCGUCUUACCUUUGUGGAAUUGCUGGCUAGUUUCGGUGGCAUAAUUGGCCUCUUCCUGGGCGCCUCACUGCUCAGUGCCUUUGAGCUGGUCUACUUCUUCACCAUUGGCCUCUAUUUAUAUUUGCAUGGGGAGAGGAAACUGUCCCUCCAGCCACACCCACUCCAACCAGCAGUCAUUACUAUACCCUUUGGACAGAGAAAGAUUACUCCAGUUAAGUAUAUACGUUGACGGGACUAUAGGUAUAAUAUGAGCAUCAAUGUGAGUAUAAAUCAACAAUAAAUAACAUUCACCAGGCAUUUCUCUGGUGGUGGAGCGGAUGCCUAA